UUUCUUUAGUUUUAUUUAUCAAACUUAUCCAUGACACACUCCGUAAGUAUCGGAUAUAUGUAAAGUGAAAAUUUUUAGCUUGAUGGUAAUUUUUUUCUUAAAAUAAACUUAACAUAGUAUUGUGAAAUAUUUGAGGUGGAAUCUAUCUUCAUGUAAUUUUUUUAAUAAUGAUUAUGUUUUUUUAUAGUUACUGAUAACAAUGAAGAAAUACGCAAUCAUUGUAGACGAGAAUAAUGAAAAAAGAGUGGUUCCAAGUAAAUGGAUGAUGAAUAAUAAUUCAACUCUAUUGUGGCCACCUUACAAAAAUACGGAGAAAAUUCGAAGAGCUAUUUUACAACUGGAAGAUCCCUCAGAGGAUUGGGAAGACUAUCAAGUUGAUUUUAUAAAAAGCAAAGAUGAUUAUGUUGAAGCUGUGGCUGAAAUCAAAGCUAAUUUAGAUGAACUAAGUGGAGGUAGCGAUGCUGAAAAAAUGAAAAAAUCCAGGGCAAGAAGAAAGAAAAUUUCUUAUCAAGGUCUUGGAGAUUACAGUGGAGCUGUUGCAGACGCUGAAAUGAAGGCUGAUUCAGAUGUACCAAGUAGUGAGAGUGAUGUUGAGAGAAUCAAAAUUCCCAAGUCAAGGGGAAAAACAAGUUUUUUCGAGAACAGAAAUAAAAGUAUUUCGAUAGAUUCAAGAGACAGUGAAACUGAUGAACACGAUGAAACAUUAAAAAAUACAGAUGAAAACACCUCUAAAUCAUUGCCUUCAUCUCUUUCAUUGUGUAUGUCACCUCAAGUUCAAAAUGGGCCCACAGUUGCAGAUACUCAGAUAGAUGAGCAACUAAAUUCAGAAAGGGAUAUACUCUUCUCCAUGCAUGGUAUGUUGAAAAAAAUAAUGACCAGUAUUCAUGCAUUGAGCAUGAAGCAGGACAGACUAGAAGGAAGACUGAGGCAGUUAGAAAGUCGCGGCCUCAUAAAUAAUACAGUAGCUAGUGUUACUUCAAGUUUUAUGGUGAACGACGCUAUAGUCAAACGUUUUCCGAUAGAUUCUAAAGAAAAAUUGGAAAUAAUGGAAAACGAUUUGAAAAAACGGAAUAUUUUCAAUGAUGUGGUUCAUUUCAUGAAAAGCAAGGGCGGAAGCAGUGCACAUGACUUAAUUUAUAAUAUAUUAGGAUCUGUGGUGACAAAUGAUCUUGCAUCCCAUUACAGCUUUUACGGGCAGAAGAAAAAAGGCAAAUUUCAAGAAUUGCUUUUAUGCUCCUGUAUUUUCUUUGCCGUAAGAACAGUUAAUGACAAGAUCACAGAUGCAGAAAUCAUUACCAGCAUUCGUAUGUGGUUGGACAACUCAAAAACGAGGGCUGAAAGAAAUAAGAAGAAUGCCAGUAGUGGUCGACGGGUAUUCUCCCUGGUCAUGCCGGAAGAUAUACAGGAAGAUUGA